AGAGAACCAUGGGGAGAGCUCCUUGUUGUGACAAAGCCAAUGUCAAGAAAGGCCCAUGGUCGGCUGAAGAAGACACCAAGCUCAAGUCUUACAUUGAGCAACAUGGAACUGGUGGGAACUGGAUUGCUUUGCCUCAAAAAAUUGGCCUAAAGAGAUGUGGAAAAAGUUGUCGAUUGAGAUGGCUGAAUUAUCUCCGUCCGAACAUCAAGCAUGGAGGUUUCUCCGAAGAAGAAGAUAAAAUCAUUUGUAGUCUCUAUCUUAGUAUUGGAAGCAGGUGGUCUAUAAUUGCAGCACAG